GUCGGUUCACUAGUGGAGGCCAAGUGUUCUCCCUUACGGUUUUGUGUGUGUACAAAUGACACGCACUAGCCAACCGUCCCCAAUGGUGUCUUCACGUCCCCGAUGGUGUGUUCACCUUCACGUCAUCCGCUGUUUAUUUCCAGCUACCGAUUCGCCACACAACAUCAUGUUACAUCCCCGGAAUUCAGUAUGGUACUGAGGGUCAUUUCAUCUCUCUCUCUCUCUCUCUCUCUCUCUCUCUCUCUCUCUCUCUCUCUCUCUCUCUCUCCCCACCAACAGUUUUCGCAACAAUGAUUUCUCACAAAACAUGUCAUGUCUCGUGGACUAGAUGGAUGGAUUAAAUGCUUCAACCGCGGCGGUCGGAGAGACCAUCGGCAUUGGAACAAAAGACAUGGUGGAAGCCAUGGCGGGAGCUGAUGUGACACUGGCGCAACAGACACGCACGAAUGCACAAGAAGGGGGGAUGGAGACGGAGUGUGGCGUAGGGGCGACACUGGAUGUUGGGACAGAGGAGAUGGUGAUGGGAGAUGAUGAUGAACUUGGGAGAGGCUGCAACAGCCACAGCACAACCGUGCCUGGUAAAGAAGUGGCGAACAAGCAAGAUGUCGGGACAUCGCACUCCCGACUGUUGGAACAUUGGCAAUUCCUGGUUGUCCUUGCACGUGUUUCCAUUUGCAACACACGGGUGAAGGACAAGACAACAUUAGUGGGACACGCAACGGCAUGUUGGGCGAAAAUAAGGUCGGAGGACCGUCAUGUGGUGAUGGUGGGAUAUGACACUUAUCCAAACAAGGAGAUGUGGUCUAUCACGGGUUUCAUGGACGCAGGGGAUGCUAGAACGGACACGCCAAACAACUGUCUGGACGCAAUUCGUCGCAGACACGGGAGUGCAUCUCUUUUCGGGUGGCUGCCAGUUGUAUGUCCCAUGACAUACGACUGUGGCGCAGAUAUCAACAUGAUAAUGAGAAACCCUCUUGGCGUUUCAUUUCAUGUCACAUACACAGAUGGACUGUUGCGUUACAUCCAGUACAUGCCUGAGGAGGACUCGCAAACAAUGUGCAAUGAUUGGAAACGAAGAAGUGGGCACAAUAAGGGGACACACUCUUCAUCAGAGGCGGAGAGCCCAGAUGGGGACAAAGAUGUCGAGAGGCUCGAUAAAGAAAACUUGAAUGACGCAGGUUGUGGUGAUGUGGAACAGAGAAUGGGGGAUGCAAAACCAUCUGCGAGGUUACAACAGGGAAUGGGGGGUGCAGAACCGUCUGCGAGGUUAGAACAGGGAAUGGGGGGUAUAGAACCAUCUGCGAGGUUAGAACAGGGAAUGGGGGGUGUAGAACCAUUUGCGAGGUUAGAACAGGGAAUGGGGGGUGUAGAACCAUCUGCGAGGUUAAAAGAAAGAAUGGGGGGUGCGAAACCAUCUGCAAGGUCAGACGACAUGAUGAGGGAGAAGAAGAAGCAGCAGAAGUGUGGCGUGUCGAAAAGCAAGGGCAAAACACCAGCUGUGGGGGAUACAACGGUCCCAACCAAGCAAAAAGUCGGGGUUGCAAAGCGGCGACGACGUCCUUGGCAGGCUACAUUAGCAGAAAUUCGCCACUUGCAACACACUGUUCAUCUUUGCUAGCCUUUCACACCAUUCUUGAGGCGUGUACGAAAGAUUGUUAACAAAGAUGUGGCACCUGG